AGAUUAGUGUUAAAUAAAAAAUCUUAUAUUAGUUUCAUAAAGAAAUAUAUGUACAUGUGUUUUUUUGUAUUGUUUAUUCGUAUUUCUGUAAAUACAGUGUUAAAAAGUCGCUUGAAGUAAUUUUAAAGUCAGUUAAUCUUACUGGAAUGCAUUUAUUUCAUUAGCUUUUUAAUCAUUUUAUACACGCUAAACGUUGUAAUGGGAGACAGUCAGUGGAAUGAUUGGAAACCUUUUAUCUAUGGGGGUUUAGCUUCGAUUGUUGCAGAAUUAGGUACUUUUCCAUUAGACACAACAAAAACACGUCUUCAAAUCCAAGGACAAAAAUUUGAUCAAAAAUAUGCGCAUCUAAAAUAUUCUGGUAUGACAGAUGCUUUAUUUCAAAUAUCACAACAAGAAGGUUUUAAAGCUCUAUAUUCUGGGAUUAGUUCAGCUAUUUUAAGGCAAGCUACUUAUGGAACUAUAAAAUUUGGUACCUAUUAUUCUUUAAAAAAAGCAGCUAUGGAUAAAUGGAAAACAGAUGAUUUAGUUGUUAUAAAUGUUAUAUGUGCUGCAUUAGCUGGUGCUAUCUCAAGUGCUAUAGCUAAUCCAACUGAUGUAGUUAAAGUUCGUAUGCAAGUAACUGGAAUUAACUCAAAUUUAACAUUGUUUGGUUGUUUUCAAGAUGUAUAUCAACAUGAAGGUAUUUGCGGUUUAUGGAGGGGUGUAGGACCUACUGCUCAAAGAGCAGCAAUUAUUGCAGCUGUAGAAUUGCCUAUAUAUGAUUACAGUAAAAACAAGUUUAUGGUUCUAUUGGGAGAUAGUAUUAGUAAUCAUUUUGUGUCCAGUUUUAUAGCUAGUAUGGGAAGUGCAAUAGCUUCUACUCCUAUAGAUGUUGUGCGUACACGUUUAAUGAAUCAAAGAAGGAUACCUACCGCAAGUGGCAUGUUACCACCUCAUAUUUAUAAUGGUAGCAUAGAUUGCUUUGUACAGACUUUUAAAAAUGAAGGAUUUUUAGCCUUAUACAAAGGUUUUGUACCUACUUGGUUUAGAAUGGGACCAUGGAAUAUCAUAUUUUUUAUAACAUAUGAACAGUUGAAACAAUUAGGUGAUUCAAAUUUAUCAUUAAAUAAUGAGUUGGAUCACUCAAAUAAAUAGUAGUAAAUAAAAGAAAAUAAAUAAAACAAACAAGUAUGUGUAUAUGAAUAUAUGAAAAAUUAGUGGCAGUAAUAGUAGAUUACACAACUAACAUUUGUAUUACAUAAUUUAUUUUUAUGAAAUGUUUAUUUAAACAUAUGUGAAAAAACUAUACAGAAAGUAUACCAAAAUAAAUAGAAUUUAUUUUCUUUAGCAAUAAUGAAAUUACAAUCAUUAGUGAAAGCAUUCGAAGUAAUAUGACAUCAUAUGCUAUAUGAAGAAUAUAAAGUCAUGAAUAUUGAACAUUCAAUUUACAUAUAAUUCAAAACGCACAUUAUGUUCACAUUUUGUAGAUUAAGUUGCAAGUUUUUACUUUUUAUUUACUUUUUUAGAUUUAUAAAUGCAAGUGCAAAUUAUUUUUAUUAUUUAAUUAAUUUUAUGUUCUUUGUAUUUAGAUUUAUGUUUUCAUAAAAGAAUAAGACUGAAUGUUAGGAAAUAAAUUUAUGAAAUACAUCCAAAGAACUUAUAAAAACUAUGUACUACAUAUCAGUAUAUAUAAAUUUAUGUAUAAAAAUUUGUUGUAGACUCAAGUUUACAAACAGAAUAUGUUAAAGAAACAGUAUUUUAAAUGUAUGUAUAAUAUUUGUAUUUGAGACUUUUUAUAAACCGUUAGGAAUGUGUAACAGUAUGACAUAAAAUAUGAUAAAAUAUUAUAAUAUGCAACAAAUGUUAGACUUUCAACGAAUAUUACAACAAUUUCAAAUGAAUACGGCAUGUAUGUAUUAGAUACAGCUUUUUCUGCUAUAUUAUAUUUACUAAGAUGAAAAGUUUUGCUAUAAACUGAUAGUGAAAUUUAUAAUUAAGGAAUAUUUCAGUCACAUUGCAGAUAUUACAAUAUGAAUUAUACAUUUUUACAAUCCCAUACGAUUAUCUUCCUGUCUUUUCCACCAGUUAAGACUAUAUUAUUUUCUGUUGAUACUGAUAAUGUAUUAAUUGGACCUAAAAAAAUGACUGUAUUCUUAAUUAUCAGUAAAGUCAUAUGUAAAUUAAAUUUUAAGUAUCGAAUAUUCCAAUGUAAAUACAAGGAAUUAAUGUAUUAAUGUAUAGAAUACUGUACCAUUAUGGCAAUGUAUUUGUGUAAUAAAAACUGCUCCUUGGCGGUUCCAAACAUUAA